CAGUGUUGCGAUUAAAAAUAAAACAUGGAUAAUUUAAAUAAACCAAGUUUUGAUAUGAGCGAAAUUUCUUUAAGCGGAUUUUUAAAUGAAUUGGUAGUACAAGAUAAGAUAUUUUGGGAAAAGAAAGGAAACGUAGAAGACAAUGAAUGUUUAAUGACGAAGCAUGGAAAUUCGGUUUCAGAUAUUCAUGAUCAUUUCAGAAAACUUGAACCCGAAUAUUGUUCACGAUUAUCUAAAGACAGUAUUUCCGGAUUGGAUUCCACCGUCAGACAAAACUCGACACCUGCAAUGUCAAUAACAAACACAGAGCAUAUUGUUUUUGACAUAACUUCAUCAGAUGAAGAUGACAAAAUUGAUUCUUCGGCAGUGCGGCCAUCUACGUUAUUGAGGCAAUCAUCAAGACCAAUGGCUGCACCUCGCAGGAGACAUUGUAGUGAAGGAAAUUCUUUCACACCUAGACGCCCAUCGAUCCUAGAAUCUUUAGCUCUCGGAAGAUCGCCGAGGAUGUUUGCUGUUACUGGUCCACAUGAUUCAACCGAAAGUUUGCAAAGUAGAGGAAGCGAUACCAGCAAGUAUGAAACCGUUUCAAAAUCAUCAGAACUUCAUCUAUACAGAGCAGCAUCAUUGUGUUGUUCGUAUUCUAUUCUUUAUUCAAAUCAGAGUAAAAACCCAGAAAACGAAUUUUCACAUUUGAAUGUUCUGCCAGCAAAAGAUUAUAACAGGAGUAUGGCUGACAGACUCCUUGAAUAUCUACGACUGAUAUUUAACAUCAGCGAAAAGAAACACCGACAAUAUCAAGUAAUUGAUUCAUCUCAGAAGAAGAGCAAAAGAGAAAUUCUUGAUCAAAAUCUUCAUGAACAAUUGAGAUUGUUAGAAACCGAUUCACAUCCUUACUAUUCACCAGCGAAUUUCCAGAGUGACAUCGAUCACAAAAUAUGGCAGGACAAAGAAAGACAGCAAAUUAAUGUACUUCUUGGUGGUCGAAUUCCGAAAUCAAGUCGACAGAGACAUACCGCCAAUCCACGUAAUAGAUGUCAUGAAUACAGAGAUAUUUUAAAGAAAGUUAUCGUUUUUGAUGUGGAGGAAACCAAGCGACAUGUCAGUAGUAAUGAAUCUUUGACUAAUGGUAAUUAUUCAGGAUCAGAUUCCAGUUACGGUCAAGGUGGCUUGAAACAAGCAGACAUUAUUAGCAAAUGUGGAAAAAGACUUUUAGGAGAAUUUGCUGAAAGACACAGAGUUGGAAUUGUCACCCAAUUGUGCUUUUAUCUCCAAUUAGCUGAUGACUGUAUUGAAAAUGAAAUACUUCAACUAGACAACUUGACAUUCACAGCUUUGACAAAUAAGCUUGAUAUGCUCUAUUCAUUACUAGAAGAAGAAAAUCCUCUCUGCAUUUCUGAAAUGGAAAUUUUACUCUACGUCACAGCAAAUUUCAUUCAACGAGUCAAAAAUCUUGUGACAAAUCUUCUCACUGAUUGGUUACCAACAACAAAAGAAUUGCAAAAUGGUCUUCAGUUGGCUCGAGCAUCAUUUCAACUCCAGAGUUUCUUGCAUGGUGUUGAAGACAGUGAGUGGCCAACCUGUUUGUCAAGUUGGUUUGAGUCAGCAACAAUUCAAAAAUAUUGUUCCUGCAGAAAACCAAAAUUUACAGAAAUUGAAACUGUAUUAGCUUCAGUAACUCAUGCCGUAGAUGUGUUAAAAAUAAUGCAGAAAGGUAGAAAAAGUGUCAAACAAACUGACUAUGAGGCUGUAUUCAGUAAUUAUAUACCGAAUUUUCCUCAUGCUGUUAGCAAUGGAUUGUAUGAUGCCGUCAUGGCUGAUGUUAAACUCCUUGAUAAUGCUCUCUCACUGAUGAAAUCUACACUUGUGUGGCGUCAGAAUAAUCCAUAUAAUGAUUCCUUGGACUUGAAUGAUAUUGCACUUGCAUAUAAAUUAAACGAAUUUGACAAUCUUGUAAAAAUUCGUGAAAUCAAUGCUAUAAAACAAUUUCAUCAUGAACGGAAGUUUUCAUGGCGAAAAGCAUAUCAUCAGCUUGCAAUGCAUUGGCUUGACAUUUUAUCGGUUCACAUGCGGAAACAAGUCUCUCAAGCAGUUUCAAAGGAUAAAUUUGAUUCACCAUUGUUCAACGACGAUUUUACUUCAACUUUCGAUGAAAAUAUGUUUUCUGGCACCCAAGAUGAUAAACUGAACGCCAGUGGUGUUUUGCCAUCAAAGAGAAUGAGAAUGGGAUCCCUUCUUCGCAAAGACGCUGAUAUGCGAAAUGAAAUUCUCGUUUCUGCUGGUCCCAGUAAUCUUGAGGUUGUCGUAGAGCAUGAUCCAGUUUCAGAAGAUAGUAAUGAUGAAAAUAUUCCUGAAAAUUCUAAUUCGUCAUCUGUUACGGAAACAAAUUGUACUGAAAAUGAUGUCAACCGUGAAAAAGAAGAUGCCCAAUUCCCGCCUCAAUCUCUCACCCAUCCAAUUGGCCGUAAAAAAGACAGAUCGUCUUCAGAACCUGUUCUUCUAUCCUAUAAACCAAUUUUGGAUAGUACAAGUCAAGAAGAUUCAAGUCGCACAACUUCUUUUCGCAGCUGUAUUAGUGGGGAAUCACCAACCAUGUAUAGAUCGGUAACUGACUCCACUGCAAAGGUAAUGUCAACAUCAGCAUCUCAUACAGAUUUCAGCAUAAAUGAAACUGGUAGUUCUACUGCUGUCAGUGACGAAGAAUCCCCAACACUUCCUAUACUUACGCCGACAAAAUUUCUGCCACAAAAGGAAGCAAUUUCAGAUGAUGUUGUUUCAAACGCUUCAGAAAAUUUCGACGAUGAGGAACCAAACUCAGAGAUGAAUGAUACGCUAUGUAAUGUGUCAUCUUCGCUAAUCGACUUCAUUUCUGUUAUAUCGAGGUUUACCAACUUUGUGAAGACAAUUAUGGAUACUGUGUAUAGUUUACCACCAGUUGCUGAUUGCCAAAAUCGUAGUGCAUUGCCAUCAUCCAUAGAAGAUCAUGCUAACUGUAGAGAUGCCAGAGAAUUGAAGGAAAGAUUUGUACAGAAAGCGUUCCAAGCAUUGGGCGUAGUGAUUCAGCAAUAUGCAAACAACCUCCUUAACAUUGACUUAGAAUCCAUAUCACGACAAACAGCAGAAAAAGUCAUCGGGGAAAAAUUUUAUCGCCAUAUUAUUGAUGGAAAAUUUAACAAAACUAUUUCUCAACAACAUUCUGUGGUUGAAAGUUAUUUGAAUAUUCAGGAUGAAACAGUUUGGGUGGAAGAUGUUAAGAAGAAUAUUAUACGGUUGAAUGACCUUCUUGUGCUUGAACAUGGAAUGACAGAAUUUUGGAAUUCUCUCAAAAUUUUAUUUUCUCCGGAACUCCAUGAUAAUGUUGCACCACCCAGCUUUCCACUAACCGAAGAAUCUCAUUCUUCAAUUCCUGUUAUUGUACCUGGUGAUUUUCAUUCAAUCACAUCAGAAACAGAUGAUAAUGCUCAGGAAGUCUCCAGCUCUGAUGCUACACUGAUAACUUCAAGUGGUGCGUGUACUAUUGUACGACAUGAUGAAGAUAUACAGAAUAAUAACGAUAAUAAUAGUGAUCUUGAUUUGAAUGAUCAAGACAACAGUGACAAGAAAAAAGAAAAUGUAGACUUAUUAUCAGGAGCAUGGACAAUCAUUGAUGCACCAGAACAGGAUUUCACACCACCCUGUUUUGUAGAUAUUUUAAAGGAACGUACAGAAUCACAUUUGAAGCACACUGUACGAGGUGUUAGUAGGUUGUUUGCACUUCAUAUAAGUCAAUGGAUUGGAUACUUUCUUGAUGAAGCUCUUGGAACUCCUAAUACAAAGAGUUUAACUAACAACCAUUCAUCAUCAUGCCUCAACAACUUGACAGAGAGACUAAUAUUAGUGUUGGAUCUACUGGCAACAUGGACUCAUAAAGAAGGUGUUAAGAAUCUUCAUGAAAGCAUUUGGUGUCAUAUUAUACAGGACAUACAAGACAGGAUUUGUGAACUAAAGACAGUGGAAGAAAAUAUGAAGAAAAUUUAUGCGAAGCACAUUCGGAAAGUUUACACGACAGUUAUCGAUACUUGGUAUCAUCAUUAUUCCAAACCAAAUGGUGGAGAUCUCGACUGGUUAUCAAAAGAUAUUCAACCAAGCUUAACCAUACUUGAUCUGUACUGCAUGCCAACACUCUCACUUGUUGGUGUUUACAACGAAUGUAGACAUGAACAGAAUAAACAUAUGAAUGAUCUGAGUUAUCUGAACAUUCGUCAUCAAGUUGUGUUGUGCAUGAGAGUAAUGCAGGACAAAAAAUCUUUCAGCGGUGAAUUGUUGCAUCACACAUUACUUACGACUGUAAUUGAAAGCUUCUCAACUGUGGACGAAGCUCGUAAUGAAGCAAAUAAAUUGUGUCAAGAAAUGCUUAAUGUUCAACUGAUUGAAUUUGUCUUCAAAAAACAACGAAGACCUCACCUUCCUGAUCUUAUUCCUGUUCAAUCAAUAUCUGUAACAGUAGAUGAUUCAUUGGUGAAGAAUCGAGCAGAAUCCGAUAGCACUGGAAGUUCAAGUGUUGAUAGUGAAAAUUCACUCGAAUCUGAAGAAAGUUCGUUUUCGACUGAUUCAGAAAUGAGGACUGAAUUUCACCCUGAUUCAGAUCAUUUCUACAAGUUUUCAGAGAAAAGAUUGCCUCUGAGCAUUUUAGAUGAUGUUAAACGAGCAACAGAUUGUCCCACUGCAGAAGAAGCAUCGUUUUUGGAGGAACUUCUUCUGAAACGAAGUUCAGCAGACAGGGAUGCUAAAUUAUUCCUUAUUGAAAAAGGUCUUCUAAAACGAGGAGUGUUCGGGACUUGCUUUUUGUGCUUCCGAUAAAUUUUCAAAGUUGUUAUCAGUGAUAUGUCCUGGAUUGUGAUGUUUGAGUUGUUGAAUUUUUCAUUUUUUGCCUUAAAUUCAUGUUCGAUCAGCAACACUGCAAUCAAAUGUCAAAUUAUUUUUUUGUUAAAUGACAAAAAGAAUAUUUUUUCGUGCUUGAAAACUUUCUGCGACAAAAUUUGACAUACUCAGAACUUUUGGCAUUUUAAAUUUGAGUAAAAUGGUUUAGAGACAUCGAUAUACAUUAUAUCUGAUUUGUAUGGAGAAAAACAGAUUAUUUGGUGUGAUUUUUCCCGUCCUUGUUUGCACUCAAAAGAAACUUUAAAUUUUGACAAUCACUUGUAAUAUUUACUGUAAUUUCGAGGUAAUCAUUAUGAAAUGUAUGUCUACGAAUUUUUCUCAAAAAUUUCGCCAAAAUGUAAUUAAUAAUAGAAUCAAUUGAUUCAUUGACAUGAGGUGCUUUUUUCUUAUUUAUGCUAUUUCAAUUCAAACUGUUUUUGAUUUUUUUUCUAUGAACUGUUGUACUUAUUAAAUGCAAGUUGCAUUGUAAAUACUGACUGCCAAAUAUUCAUUAUAUCAUUGUUAUUAUAUGCCUAUAUGCAAUUUUCUUGUUUUUAAUGCACUGUAAAUAUCUUUGGAAAUAUUUUUUCUUAAUCAAUGUAAUUGUCAUGAACCUAUAUCCAGUAUUUUUGUAUAUAAUAUU